AUGGCCUGGAUGUACUGCACGGAGCCGCCGCCACGCUCCGCCCUCAGCCCGGCGCCGGGCGGGCCCGGGGAACCGGAGCGCCCCGCGCGCCGCCCCCGGCAGCUGCUGCCGCGCGGACCCCGCCGCGCUGGGCCGCAGGAGCAAAGCUUUGUGUUUAAAAUGGAAGUUGAUGUGACUGGAGAGUCCAGAACUACCCUCUCCACCCUCUCUGUGCCUCUUGCAGAGGUGAGUUCUGCAGCCAGGACGGAAGCAGAAAAGCCACGCUGUUCCAGCACCCCCUGCUCACCAUUGAGGCGGACAGUUGCAGGAUAUCAGAUCCUUCACAUGGAUUCUAACUACCUGGUUGGCUUCACAACUGGAAAGGAACUGCUAAAAUUAGCCCAUAAGUAUAUUGGAAGUGAAGAGAAUAAAGGAGAAUCUGGUCCUAACUUGGGCUCCAAACAUCUUGAUUCAGGACUUUCACGUUCCUCGCGUUUGUACAAAACUAGAAGUAAGUACUUCCAGCCCUAUGAGAUCCCAGCAGUAAAUGGAAGGAGGAGGAGACGGAUGCCCAGCUCUGGGGAUAAAUACAAUAAAGCUUUACCAUAUGAACCUUACAAAGCACUUCAUGGUCCCCUGCCUCUCUGCCUUUUGAAAGGUAAAAGGGCUCAUUCAAAAUCCCUAGACUACCUCAAUUUAGACAAAAUGAGCAUUAAGGAACCUGCUGACACAGAAGUGCUACAAUACCAGCUCCAGCACCUUACUCUUAGAGGGGAUCGUAUGUUUUCAAGGAAUGGCACAUGAGCUAUCAUCUCAAAUUUAGAAAUUAUUUCUCAUCUUUUGUCUCUUGCUGCAGAAAUCCACUGUUGAAGUGAGUACAUGACUGUCCACAUUGUAGGUGGUUUUAUCAGCUCAGUUUUAC